AUGGGGUGUACACCUUCCCACAGUGAUAUUGUCAACAGUGUGGCAAAGAGUGGCAUUCAGUUUUUGAAAAAGCCCAAAGUGGUUUUGCCGGGAUGUCAGGAAGCUAAUGAGAGAAGCUCAAUCCCUUUGCUGGUGAAAAGCUCCACCUGCUAUGACUGUGGGGGACACCUGCCCCAGGGACAGAGGCUGGCAGAGGAGCAGCCAAGUUCUAAGUGGAACCAAACCACCACUGAAGGUCUCUGUCAGCUCAUGGAAGAUGCUCCUUCAGGCAAAAGGAAAGAUAUGGAAGGAUGGAUGCCGGAAACCAAAACCUCCCCAUCCCAGCAGACCAAAUCACAAGGCUUCAUGGCUAAGGACAUCCUGUUUAAGACACAGAACUCCCACGGGUCAGAAGGAGCAGAUAUUUCUGGAGAACAGAGUGAGGAAAGUAAUACCCAGGAGACCUCCAAAUGGGAAAAGCACCUAAACUGUCACAGGUUGGACCUACAGGGCCAUUUCUGCCAACCCAUCCUUUCUGCUCAGGGAUCUGAAGGCAAGGUGGACUUCCCUGAGCCCCUGAUACAGGCCCAUCACCAAGCUUACACCUAUCUAUACUCCAGCCUCUCCAAAUAUGAAGCAAUCCUGUGCAUCACCCAUCAGGCCACCCAGACCCAGGAGCUGCUGCAGCCCAUGGUCAGCUUCCUGCUGCUGUGCUUUGAGAAGAUCAACCAGCUCUUGGGGGAGAUCUCCAAGGAUGGAGAAGCACUCCUCCGGGAAGUUAGGGAGGAUCUGGCAUGGCCUUUGAGGAAAGGAGAGCCCCAGGAGCAGCCGGAUCUCCUGCAACAGCUCCUGCAGUACACAGUUGGCAAGCUACAGUCCCUCAGUGGCUUGGUGGCCCCGCUCUCCUGCAGCUUUCUGGAGGGCUCCGGCAAAUACUUCCACUCCGCUGCAAGCCACUUGGAAGAGAAGCUGAAGGUGAAGCGGGGUGCAGAUGAACGCCUCCUAAUGGCCCUGGGGCAAUUACAGAGCUUGGCGAGUGGCCACAGUGACCCAGGGGCGCAGGAUCUGCCAUUGUUCUCCGAGGACAGUGGCAUUGGUGCCGACAAUGAAGCCGUGCAGUCCACGGACAAGCUGGGCAAGCCAGCCAGCUGGGACUCUGUGGUGGAGCCCACGGAAUGGAAGCCCAUGGUCUCACCCCAAAUGGAGGUCAAGCUGGCAGGACAUGGCUGGCAGCAAAGUCCAUUCUGGAUGGGUUCCGACAGACCCCAGGACUGGCCACUGUCAAGGCCUCCUAUGGCAAAGGUUCAGCCAGCAUCACAUGGGCAUGCCGGGAGCCCAGACCCCUCCAACACCAGCCCAGAAAAUAGUCUCUCCAGGUCUUUGGGACCAGCCAAGAGCCCUCCGUGUGAUUCCCUUGGAGGUGGGGUUGCCAUGGCAGCAAGCCUUUCUAAAGGCUCCGGGUUGCUGGAUGCUCCAUCCCUCAGUGAAGAGGAGGACAGCAGCCCAGAGGAGGAGGAAGAGGAAGUUAGCAGCAGGAGUCUGUGUGCAUGCAGGGAAGAAGUGCCACUUCCAAGGCCCCGGUCUUCACCUGCUGGCUGGGAAAGUGCAUUUUGGCCACACUCCAGGAGCCUUAGGAACCCCCAGGCCCAGGAAAUGAUUCUGAAGAUGAAGGAAGCCAUCAGUGAAAGGAUCAAAUUUGUCCCUGUGCCCUGUGGGCACCCAGAUUGGGCUGAGGAGGGGGAAAGGAGGAUGACGGUGCCACCAAGACCCAGCACAGUCAGUGGGAGCAGGAGGGCCCCCGUGAGGCAGAGAAGGUCCCAGUCAGAGGGGUGUCUCAAGAGCCACACAGAGGACCCCACCCUCCAGGAGCUUCGGAGGGUCCAGAGGGACCUCAGCCAGAGGCUGGCAGCGUUUUACCUCCAGGGUGCCCAACAGCAGGGGUGCAGCGGGGAGCGGAUUCUGAAACCCCGAGCCGCGGCUUUGUGGCCCAAUAAUGGCAGGGUCGCCCCCAGCAACACCAGCAGCAGGUUGAAGGCCUCCCUCACCAAGAACUUCAGCAUCUUGCCCAGUCAAGACAGGAGCAUUUGGCAGAAGGGCAGCCCCCACCCUGAGGGAGAGCAGCCCCGGCUGGGGAGCCCAGAGCAGCUUCCAAAGUCUAUCCCAUCAGGGGGGAAGGAAAGUGAGGACUGGAGCAUCGGGGCCCGUCCCACCAGGACAUCAGUCAAGAAGCUGAUUGAAACUUUCAGUCCCCCCGAGAGUCUGAGGACACUGGGGAAGGCCAAGGACUCUGAGUCAAGCUCCUGCCUCAGGAAGUGGGGGGCUCCCAUCGUGCCUCACAGAUUUCCCAUUUACAGGGGGCUUGCCCCUUUGUAUCCCAAGCCCCGCAUUUCUCCAGCAGCAGGCAGAGAAUCUCCCAGCAUGGGCACAGGCUGGAGGUCUCCAGCACCCAGCUUUCCUCCCCUGCUUAUGCCGGAAGCAUCCGCCAGUGAGGACAUCAACUGUGCAAUGGAGGACCCAGAGAACCUCCCUCCUCCAGCUCUGGAAAUCCUGAUGGACAAAUCAUUCAUUUCUCUGGAGCCCCUGGAAAGCAGCGAGCCAGCAGGGAGUGGCUCUGAAGGGGCCCUGGAUGGGGUCGGCCCUGCCAGGAGGACAUGGGCUUCCCCAAAGCUGAGAGCUUCCGUGAGCCCCCUCGACCUGCUGCCCAGCAAGGGCACUGCCAGCCCCUGCAGGCUCCGCAGCACAGGGCCAGGGAGCAGCAAGAGCAGCUGCGACCCCAGAAAGCUGGCCUCAGGCCUGAGCCCCCCACCAGCAAGCGGCCAAAACGUGGAGGCGGAAGGUGGGGCUCGGCGUCAGGCACAAGCAGAGGAGGCCACAAGCCUCUACAAGCACCCCCAGAAGGCAAUGCCCUUGCACCCCUCCAGCCACACGUCUGGGCACAACAGGACCUGGGAAGCCAGCCUGGCCAGACCAGCGCGAGGGCCACGUUCCCCUGAGGCCGCGAGGCAGAGCCCCAAGAGAAGCCCCCCAGUGGUCAGGAAGGCCUCUCCCACAAGGGCCCACUGGGUGCCCCGGAUGGAGAAGAGGUGCUCGAGCCUGCCCUCGUCUCACAGGACGGCCCAGCCAAGUCUCCCUGCUGAACCCGGGUCCCCCAGCCCGCCACUCAGCCCUGGAGCUCCCAGCCCCACUGUGGACCCCAGGGUGCAAAGUCCACCCAUGCCAAAACAACAAACUUCCCCACAGCCCCAGCCCAGGCUGCUCAGCCCUCCUCUGGAGAGCCCACCCGCUCAGCACAGAGGAUCGAGUUCUCCUUCCUCUGGCCCCUCUCCUUCUCCCCCAGAGUCCCCCUCCCAGGGGCACAAGGAAACAGAUUCUGAAGAUGGGCAGGCAGCCCCAGCCAGGCGGUCUGGGAAUACAUGGUCCAUGUUCUGCCCAGCCACCUCCUCUCUGUUUGCAGCUAAGUCACUUUUCUCAGGAGCCCACCUGCUGACUCCAUCAUCACUGCCACCAGCGGUGGGGGGUCCUCUGGGGACCCCUGCAGGAUGCUGGAGGAGCAGCUCAAGGCCACGACUGAGGGUGGAUUCACAAAGGAGGCUGGCUCUGUGUGCCCUCAACCCUCAGCCUUUCGUCAGAUGGACAGCUUCUGACCGCCCGCCAGGCAGCCGCCUCCGGCUGCCCAUCUCCAGAACGGCCUGUGAUUCCCAGCCGGGCCAGAGCAGCAGCCACAGUGAGGAGAACCCCAAAAAGGACGCUGAGCCUUGGAGCAGCCCCUGGGCCCCAGACUUGAGGGGCGGCAGCAGACGGGAUUCUCCCCCCGAGCUCUGCGUGCGGGGCCACGGGCUGCAGCGGGAGGCCGGCGCCAGCGGGUCCAGCCCCAGCAGAAGGAAGGGGUCUGACUGGCUGGCAGAUGGUGUCCCACUGGUGCAGUCACCCCAGAAAUCAAAGGGGGACAGCCAAGCCUCCAGGCUGCCCUCUCAGGUGGUGGGUCAACCAAACUUCUCCUACUCAGGUGUCCUGGCAGAGCCGGGAAGGGCCGCUAAAGCAUUGCAGGGAGACAACUUUUAA